UGGACUCCGCCUCUUCCUGUGUCACUCAUGAUCUAAACAACACAGCCUGCACAGUCAACUGAAGUUUACUACAACCAACUGGAAUUAUUUACUAAUAUCGACACAUUAACAAACCGAAUCUGAUUCUGAUUCAGCUCAUCUCGCUCAGUGACCAUUUGCUCCUGCGUCGUUUUUAACUAAACCCUAAUGAGAAGAAACAAGCGACUAAAACACGUUGUCGUGCUAACUGGUUAGCUGCUGCUAGCAGUGAUGGCAGCCUCCACUCCUCCAGUGCUCUCUGCUCCUGUGUUCAGUCAAAAGCAACGCAAAUCUGCUCAGAGGAAAGAGAGAAGGAAACGGAAACGUCAGGCUCUCGCCCAGGCCAGAGAAGGUGGUUUGAAAAAUGGAGUAAGCUGUAUUCCUGAGGAAGAAGAAGAACUCCACGAUGAUGAGGAUAUUGAUGUUGCUGAGGAGGAAAGACUGCGGCUACACGAGGCGUGGCUGCAAAGAGAAAAACUUGCUCAGGAGGAAUUCAGGCUUAGGUCUGAGAAAGAGGAAGCUGCAAGGAGAAGAAAAGAGGAGGAUGAGCGGAUGAUAAAGGAGGAAUGGGAUGCCCAGCAGAAGAGAGAACAAGACGCAACUGAGCAGAAACAGCAGGAGAAACGAGACAAAGAGGAGGCUGUUCAGAAAAUGUUGGAUGAAGCUGAAAAUCAGCUCGAUAAUGGGGGACCGUGGAUGAAUCCUGAGGCUCCAGUGACAGAGAAAUCUGAGAACUUUGGAACAGAGCUCGAUGUAGCCAACUGUCCGUUCUUCCUUAAGACCGGAGCAUGUCGAUUCGGAAACAGAUGUUCUCGGAAGCACAGUUAUCCCACUUCCAGCCCAACUCUGAUGAUCCGCAGUAUGUUUAAAACGUUCGGCAUGGAGGAGUCACACCGUGAUGAUUACGACAUCGAUGCCUGUUUGGAGCACAGCGAGGAGGACCUGCAGGAAACCUUCGUUGACUUCUACCAUGAUGUUCUGCCAGAGUUCAAGAGUGUCGGCAGAGUGGUUCAGUUCAAGGUCAGCUGUAAUCAUGAACCACACCUGAGAGGAAAUGUUUACAUUCAGUUUGAUACAGAGGAGCAGUGUACAGAAGCCUUCAUCAAGUUCAAUGGGAGGUGGUACGCAGGCCGACAGCUUCAUUGUGAGUUGUGUCCCGUUACGCGGUGGAAGAAUGCUAUAUGUGGAUUGUUUGACAGACAGAGGUGCCCCAAAGGGAAGCACUGCAACUUCCUGCAUGUGUUUCGAAACCCUGGCAAUGAAUUCUGGGAGGCCGACAGAGACCUGCACUUGUCUCCAGACCGCAGUGUCAGGGGGAGUCGCAGAGACAGUUGGCGUUCAGAACGAUACGGAGACCGAUCAUGGUGGCAGCGCCGCUGCAGCAGAAGCCCACCGAGAUCAGAGAGAUCCCACAGCAGGCGAGAGGACAGCAGCAGGCGGAGGAGCAGGAGUCGAGAGAGGAGGGACUCCCACCAGGACAAAGACGACAAGUGGUCCAGAUCCAGACACAGUGACAGGAGGUCAGAUAGGCCUUUGAGAAGUAGAAGCAGAAGUAGAGACAGAGCGAGGAGUAGAAGUAGAGACCGAGAGCAAGACAGGCUGAGAAACAGAAGUAGAGACCAAGACUGGGAACACAAGCACAGGAAUAAAAGUGAAGAAGGAGACAGACAAGAUGACGAUGAAUGCAAAAGAGAACCUAAAGAAAGGUCAAGAAGCACAAGCACCGAGAGGGAAAGAAUCAAGUUAAGUAGAGAAAGGAGCCCCAAGAAACCGGGCAAACAUAAGAAAAGAUGUAAUGAUGAUACAGACACACACUCUCGACACAAACGCUCGAAGAAGAGCAAGAAAAAGAGCAAGAAGAAGCACAAGAAGAAAAACCAUUUGCCUGAAGGAACCACGUCCUCAGGAAACUCUGAAAAGGAGAAAGAGUCGGAGGAAGAGAUGGAGAACAAUUCUGCUACGACUCCCUGUGAACGGACCAAUGAAACAGAGCCAAUUCUGAAAAACUGUGACGUGGAUGUGAGCGUCGACACUGAGGAGCGUAGUCCUGAGGUGAAAAGUGAAGAGUCUAAAACAGACGUACCAGUGGAUCUGCUGGAAACAGUGACAUGAACGGCUUCUUGAUUUGAAUCUGAACUCUGUAUGUAUAGGAAGGAAUAAAUGUGAGUGGUGACCCAGUAA